GGGGGUUUUGCGGACUGCGGGUCUGCAAGAUGGCGUCAAUCGUGCUACUGAAGGAGAAGAAGCUCAUGGAGGUUAAACUUGGAGAGUUGCCAAGCUGGAUCUUGACGUGGAAUUUCACCCCCAGUGGCAUUGUGGGAGCCUUCCAGAGAGGUUACGAUCGGUAUUACAACAAAUACAUCAAUGUGCGGAAAGGCAGCAUCUCAGGGGUUAACAUGGUGCUGGCAGCCUACGUGGUUUUCAGCUAUUGCAUUUCUUACAAGGAACUUAAACAUGAGCGGCGACGCAAGUACCACUGAAGAAGGGUCGCUAUGGAUGGCACUGCACACU